CGUAUGCCAACCCGCGAUCUUGAUUGCAAGCUACUCACACAGUGAUCUUGGUGCACUUUAUAUGAGACUCAGUUUUGCCUCCCUGCCCCUCCUUCUCUACAGAAAACCCAAGUAAAACGGUCUACAUUUUUACUUCGUUCAUGUUACGUUCAGCUUCCUCAACGGCCACUCACAAUCUCCGUCACCGCUGCAACUCGAAUCUCAUCAGCGCCCAGAAGCGGAGGAACUGUCAUCCGCAGCAGAGUCCCCUACGCUUUGAAACAGCGGUAAGGCAGCAACAAAGAAAUUACCAUCAGCAUCACCAGCAUCAUCGCGACUCGAACAAACAUAAAAACCGCCGAUACACCACUACCGUCAUAGCUGCUACUGCUGCCCUAGCUUUACCGGUAUCAUACGCCCUCGGCAGGAACUCAGAGGAAAGUGCCGACGACUCCAGGAAUAAAUCUUCCGCCUUUUCGCUUUGGCCAUUCACCACUACCACUGCCCCGGAAACUCCUUCAUCCGACGACUCCCACACAGCGCCGAACUCCAACAACGAACCCAACAACAUGACCGGCCCUUCCACCGCAAAAAUUCCGCCAGGACGGCCAGAGACAUUGACGAAAGCCGAAGAAGCGAAAUUGAAGGAGCUAUGGGCAGCUUCGAUGCGAGUAUUCGGCGUCAUUGAGCACGACUCCGUCUCGGCACCGUCGGAUACCGCUGCUCCCGAAGUCCACUCCGCGGCGCCGAGUACCACCGAAGAGUCAACUCACAGCAAGAAGAAGUCGCUGGGGCGCCUGCUCUCCAGGUCUACCAAAAGGGACAGUCAUCCGCCGGCGACGGCUACACCUUUGUCUCCUACUACCGCUGCUUCACCCGUUACUCUCGACGACUCGGACGAUAAGUAUGGCCAUAACAAGGACUUCAAGGUCGCGCUUGCGUCGCAAACGCCCGCGGAGCUUAGGGAGGCGUUUUGGGGCAUGGUGAAGUGCGAUAAUCCUGAUGGACUGCUGCUGCGGUUCCUCCGAGCGCGCAAGUGGGAUGUGGACAAGGCGCUGGUCAUGAUGGUUGCCACUAUGGGGUGGAGAUCAAAAGAGAUGGAUGUUGCGAAAGUGGUCCGCGACGGCGAGAGUGUCCCGAUCGCGGAAAACGACGAAGGCUUCAUGAAGCAGCUGCGGAUGGGCAAGAGUUUCCUGCACGGUGUGGAUAAAGACGGAAGGCCCAUCUGCUUCGUCAGGGUGCGUCUGCACAAGCAGGCAGACCAGACGGAAAAGAGUCUCGAGAAAUACACUAUCUACAUCAUGGAGACGGCGAGGUUGAUGCUCAGGACUCCGGUGGAUACGGCGUGUGUGGUGUUUGAUAUGACGAGCUUCUCUUUGGCGAAUAUGGAUUACGCCCCAGUCAAGUUCAUGAUUAAGUGCUUCGAGGCGCACUAUCCCGAGUCGUUGGGAAUAUGUCUAGUGCAUAAAGCACCAUGGGUGUUCCAGAGUGUUUGGAGUAUCAUCAAAGGCUGGCUUGACCCCGUAGUCGCCUCGAAGAUUCAUUUCACCAAGACUACCGAAGAGCUGGAGCAAUUCAUCUCGCGCUCACAGAUCAUCAAAGAACUCGGCGGUGACGAGGACUGGGAGUACAAAUACAUCGAGCCCGCAGAGGGCGAAGACGUGGCAUUGAACAACACAGCAAGUCUAAGCUCUCUGCAGGCCGGGCGAGACGCUGUAGUCAAGGAGUAUGAAGAGCUGACCCGGGCAUGGAUCGCCGCGCCGGAGGGAGCGGAGUCGGAUGAGAAGAAGAAUAAGCGGACGGAGCUGGCGAAGAAGCUCGAAAGAGGGUACUGGGCAAUGGAUAAGUACCUACGUGGGCGAACAUUGUACGAUCGUACCGGUGUCUUGAAGCCGGAUGGGAGUGUGGAUUUCUACCCCCAGAAGCAGGUAACAGUUGAGACUCAGAGCGACGAUAUAGACUAGAGCUGGAGGGAAGGCCUUUCAAGGUAGUUUGUUUUUUGGGUUUUGUCUUCUUAAGAGGGAUGGGAUACAUUAUAAUGUAUGUAAGAUGAGAAUGGCUUGGUUUAAUGGCAUGGCGACAAUGCGAGUCGAGUUAGACGUUGCGAUUGACCGCUCAUGUUUCGGUAAAGAAUGGCAAUCGAAAUGCGGG